UCCCCCCCCCCCCCGCUGAGGACUUGCGGCGCUCAUCGCACGAGUGGCGACGGGGGGAGCCCCCCGCGGGGCCGCCUCUGCCCCUUCCCCGCCGCGCCGUUAAUGGAAACAUGGCGAUGGCGGCUCCGACCGGCAGCGCGGCGCCCGGCGCCCCGGCUCCCCGCGGCCAGCUCGCCCUGCUGCUGCUCCUCCUCGCCGCCCCCGCCGCCCACGGCUACAGCUUCCCCCAGCAGCACACUAUGCAGUACUGGGCCAGGAGGCUGGAGCAGGAGAUUGAUGGAGUGAUGAGGAUAUUUGGUGGAGUCCAGCAGCUCAGAGGGAUCUACAAUGAGAACAGAAACCUGUUUGAAGUCAAGGAGAACGUGCCUAGGAAAUUGGUGGAGAAGGUCGCAGGGGACAUCGAGAGCCUCUUGGCCAAGAAAGUCCGUGCCCUAAAGAGACUUGCCAAUGCAGCAGAGAAGUUCCAGAAGGCUCACCACUGGCAGGACAACAUCCGGGAGGAAGACAUUGAGUACUACGACUCCAAGGCUGACACUGAAUAUGAUGAUCCUGAUGGAGAAGAGAUCGAGAAGGAGAAAUCCAACUCCUUGAAGCUGGAGUUCACCGACGACGCCAACUUCAAGACCAAGGUUAACUAUUCGUACGCUGCCGUGCAGAUCCCCACGGACAUCUACAAAGGCUCCACCGUCAUCCUCAACGAGCUGAACUGGACACAGGCACUGGAGGACGUCUUCAUCGAGAACCGCAAGGAGGAUCCCUCCCUGCUCUGGCAGGUGUUCGGCAGUGCCACUGGCGUCACUCGCUACUACCCCGCCACCCCAUGGAGAGCCCCCAACAAGAUCGACCUCUACGACGUGCGCAGGCGGCCCUGGUACAUCCAAGGCGCCUCCUCCCCGAAGGACAUGGUCAUCAUUGUGGACGUGAGCGGCAGUGUGAGUGGCCUCACCCUCAAGCUGAUGAAGACCUCGGUCUAUGAGAUGCUGGACACCCUCUCGGAUGACGACUAUGUCAAUGUGGCCUCAUUCAAUGAGAAGGCGAAGCCUGUGUCCUGCUUCAAGCACCUGGUGCAGGCCAACAUCCGGAACAAGAAGGUCUUCAAGGAGGAUGUGCAGGGGAUGGUGGCCAAGGGCACAACCGACUACAAGGCUGGCUUUGAGUACGCCUUCGACCAGCUGCAGAAUUCUAACAUCACGCGUGCCAACUGCAACAAGAUGAUCAUGAUGUUCACGGACGGUGGCGAGGACCGGGUGCAGGAUGUCUUUGAGAAGUACAACUGGCCCAAUAAGACGGUGCGGGUUUUCACCUUCUCUGUCGGGCAGCACAACUAUGACGUGACCCCGCUGCAGUGGAUGGCCUGCGCCAACAAAGGUUACUACUUUGAAAUCCCGUCCAUCGGCGCCAUCCGCAUCAACACGCAGGAGUAUCUGGACGUGCUGGGCAGACCAAUGGUCCUGGCUGGAAACCGAGCCAAGCAGGUUCAGUGGACAAACGUCUACCAGGAUGCCCUGGGACUGGGCCUGGUGGUGACGGGCACACUGCCGGUGUUCAACUUGACAGAGGACAGCAGUGACAGGAAGAACCAGCUCAUCCUUGGCGUGAUGGGGAUCGACGUGGCUCUCAAUGACAUCAAGAGGCUGACGCCACGAUACAAUCUGGGGGCAAACGGUUACGUCUUCGCCAUUGACCUGAACGGCUACGUCCUGCUGCACCCCAACCUGCAGCCCCAGAUCAUCAAUUUCCGCGAGCCGGUGACGCUGGACUUCCUGGAUGCUGAGCUGGAGGACGAGAACAAGGAGGAGAUCCGGAGAAGCAUGAUUGAUGGGAACGACGGGCAGAGGUUCAUCAAGACCCUCAUCAAGUCCCUGGACGAGCAAUACAUCGACGAGGUGUUCAGGACCUACACGUGGGCACCCAUCAAAAGCACCAACUACAGCCUGGGGCUGGUCCUGCCUCCCUACAGCACCUACUACAUCCAGGCCAACCUCAGUGACCAGAUCCUGCAAGUGAAGUUACCAAACAUCAAAAACAAGGAUUUUGAAUACCUGCUGCCCAACAGCUUUGAGUCGGAGGGACAUGUGUUCAUUGCUCCCAGAGAGUAUUGCAAAGACCUCGACUUGUCGGAUAACAACACCGAGUUCCUGGAAAACUUUAUUGCCCUCAUGGAAAAGGUGACCCCAGACUCCAAGCAGUGCGACAACUUCCUCCUGCACAACCUGAUCCUGGACACGGGCAUCACGCAGCAGCUGGUGGAGCGCGUCUGGAAGGACCAGGACCUCAACACGUACAGCCUCCUGGCUGUCUUCGCAGCCACCGACGGGGGCAUCACCCGCGUCUUCCCUAACAAGGCUGCAGAUGACUGGGAGGAGGAACCAGAGCCCUUCAAUGCCAGCUUCUACCGGAGAAGCCUGGACAACAAAGGUUACAUCUUCAAACCACCCUACCGAGAUGACAGCUACCGGGGGCUGGACCUGGAGAACACCACCAUCGGGAUCCUGGUGAGCACUGCCGUGGAGCUCAGCAUCGGGGGCAAGACGCUGAAGCCAGCAGUGGUGGGUGUGAAGCUGGACCUGGAGGCCUGGGCUGAGAAGUUCAAAGUGCUGGCAAGCAACCGGACAGACCGUGACCAGCUGGGCGCCCGCCGGUGUGACCCCUCGACCAGCUGCGAGAUGGACUGCGAGGCCAACAACAAGGACCUCAUCUGCGUCCUCAUCGAUGACGGGGGCUUCCUGGUGCUCUCUAACCAGGAGGACCACUGGUACCAGGUGGGCAAGUUCUUCAGCGAGGUGGAUGCCAACCUGAUGUCUGCCCUCUACAACAACUCCUUCUACACCCGCAAGGAGUCUUAUGACUUCCAGUCCGUCUGCGCCCCCGAGGCCCAGAGCAACACGGGUGCUGCGCCCCGUGGUGUCUUUGUGCCCACCAUGGCCGAUCUCCUGAACCUCGCCUGGUGGACAUCAGCCGCAGCCUGGUCCUUCUUCCAGCAGUUCCUGUACGGCCUCACCUACAGCAGCUGGUUCCAGACGGAGGAGGUGGCAGGGGACAGCAUGGAGGCCAGGGAGACGAGCUGCAUCAUGAAGCAGACGCAGUACUACUUCAGCACCGUCAAUGCCACCUACAACGCCAUCAUCGACUGCGGCAACUGCUCCAGGCUGUUCCAUGCGCAGAGGCUGGCCAACACCAACUUGCUCUUCGUGGUGGCUGACAAGCCCCUCUGCAGCCAGUGUGAGUCCGUCAAGCUGCUGCAGGCGGAGGUAAGAGCCCCUCCGAGGGAUCCCAACCAGUGUGAGCUGGUGGACAGGCCCCGCUAUCGGAAAGGUCCCCACAUCUGCUUCGACUACAAUGCAACAGAAGAUACCUCAGACUGCGGCCGAGGAGCUUCCUUCGCCCCCUCCCUGGGGGUCCUGCUGUCCCUGCAGCUGCUGCUCCUCUACUCCAGCGCCAGCCGGCACCCGCUGCCCCCGGCCGCCUGCCUUUAGCCGCCCCAGCCGCCCCCCGCCAGCUCUCUUUUCUUUCAAGAUCCAUCUCCAUCCCACUCCUUGGCCCCGUGGAGUGGGAGCGACGUCCCCUCUGCUGCCUCGGGGAUCCCCAUGAAGCCGCCCCGCGCUCCCGCAGCCAAAGAAGAGUCGGGGUGCAGGCAGGGGCUCCCUGGCAGAGCGGGGACUGAGUCGGUGCCCCUGUAUCGCGCCCUCCCGGCCGCUCAGACUCGGACAGUGGCGUUGGCCCCCUCCGCCUGUGACCCCCCCAUCCACCUCACCUCUUUUUUUUAGCUUGAAGAUUUUAAACCAGAUCUUUCUACAUCGAGUUUCCAACAUUUUCACCCGGAGACCGGCGGUGUUUGUGGUAAACCGUGAGGACACAUGGAAAAAAACAAAUAAAGGGGGGGCAAAAAGAGGGGGCAAAAAGAGAAAAGGACUUGAGUUGACGGUGCGGAUUGGUGUUAUCUGUUCCAGCGGGAUCCCCUGGGACGCGGGGCAGACAUGGCUCAGCACCCUUGCGGGCGCGGGGCUGGGCAGGGGCAGAGGCAGGAGAAGGAUGGAGCCCGGGCGCUGGGCUCAGCCGCUCUCGUGCAUUCUUGAGCACAGAUAACGGGGUGCAAAGGAGGAAGAAGUUGGGGAGGGGAGGGGGGGGGAAAUGUGUAUUUUGUUUCUUUUCCGUUCUGCAGAUCACUGUGAAAUCCUGCCCGCCCCAGCCCUGCCCCGCCGGCCGCCCUCGCCAAAGAAACCGCGCGGGCCAGCGGGACGCGUUGCUGUCCCCACGCGGCGUGUGCCCUCGAGCAGGAGGUGCCACGUGUCCCCCAGCAGGGACACCUCGCUGCUGCCCAGCCCGGAGGUGCCGCGGGGGUCAGGGUGCCCGGCUGUGACACCCCAGGGUGCCCACCCUCCCUGCCCUGGGCACCCUCGCUCAGAGCCCACCCGUCACCCAGGGCUGGGGGAGCUCCCCCCGAGGGGGCUGGGGAGGGUGCCAGGCGUUAAUUACUGCUGGGGUUAAUUAAUGGUCAUUCUGCUUGUAGCUUUUUCAGUGUGUGUUUGGUUACUGUCUCUGGGAACCGUGUUUGAACAGAUGGCUCUGUGUUACCGGGAGUGUGUGUACUUCUGUAGUCUAGUUAGGUGCUCUGCCAGAAAACCACCACUAUACAUACCUAUAAAUAUAUACAUAUAUAGUCUAUUUUAAGUUAAAAACUAAUGAGACAAGGGGUGGCGUGGCCCUGGCUCCCCCCAUCCCGCCAGGGUCGCCUCCUGCCCCGUUCCCACCUGCAAGCUUCUCUCUGCUCAUUCCAAGGCAUUGGGUUUUUAAUUGGUUUUUUUUUUCUUUAAUUUAUUUUUUAUUUCUUUAGGUUUUAAUUUUAUUAUUUUUUUUUUUUGUACAGAAGAGUUGGAAAAACUUCAAAAAAAAAAAAAACGACAAAAAAGACAAUUUGUAAGAUAUCGUGCGUGUGACUCCUUGUAAAAUAUUUUCAAAUGGUUUAUUACAGAGACUCAGUUAUUAAAUAAUGUUCAUAUUUUCACUUCA